ACAAUUCCUUCUCACAGCAUGUCGAACACACACGAGACAAUUCCUUUUCACAGCAUGUCCAACACACUCGAGACAAUUCCUUCUCACAGCAUGUCCAACACACUCGAGACAAUUCCUUCUCACAGCAUGUCCAACACACUCGAGACAAUUCCUUCUCACAGCAUGUCCAACACACUCGAGACAAUUCCUUCUCACAGCAUGUCCAACACACUCGAGACAAUUCCUUCUCACAGCAUGUCCAACACACUCAAGACAAUUCCUUCUCACAGCAUGUCCAACACACUCGAGACAAUUCCUUCUCACAGCAUGUCCAACACACUCGAGACAAUUCCUUCUCACAGCAUGUCCAACACACUCGAGACAAUUCCUUCUCACAGCAUGUCCAACACACUCGAGACAAUUCCUUCUCACAGCAU